AUGGCUUACUCUCACGACGACGGCUCCUUCUUUGUCGAGUCCGAUGACCAUCACCCUAGAAUCUCUACUCAGGAGACCAUCAAGAUGCUCGCCCGCCAGCGCCAAGAUAUGAUUGCCGGCGAGCUCUCCCGGUUAGCGGCCGACGAGCCCUACCUCAUCGACUUCCUCAUCGAGGCCCACGCCGCCUUCGCCCUCCUCCCCGAGACCCUGUUCCUUACCGUCAACCUCCUCGAUCGGUACUGCUCCAAGCGAGUGGUUUACAAGCAACAUUACCAGCUUGUUGGAUGUGCCGCCCUCCUCAUCGCUGCCAAGUAUGGUGACAAGAAGGAUAGAGUGCCUCAGAUUCACGAGCUUAACAACAUGUGCUGCGGACUAUACGAUGCUGGAAUGUUUACUCAGAUGGAGAUGCAUGUUCUGAACACUCUCGACUGGACUAUAGGACACCCCACUGUCGACCUGUUUGCUCAGCUCAUGGUGACGGACGAGGGAGACGACCAGGAGGUGGAGCACAUGGCUGCCUACCUCUGCGAGAUUGCCCUCUACUACCGCGACUUUGUCUCCACCAAGCCUUCGAUGAUGGCUCGAUCUUCUCUUGCGCUCGCGCGUGCCAUCCUCGCCCGACCCGAAGUCAACGACGGAGAGUGGGAUCACACAGAGAACAUGACGCUGCUGACCUUGUCGCACCACCUUCACCAGCCCUCUGCCACCCUCGCCCGCAAGUACUCGACCCCCAACUACUCUCGAGUGUCUCAGAAGCUCGCCGAGUUCAUGGCUGAGCAGGCCGAGCUCGCGCGUCGAACUGCGAAUCCCACCACACCGCACACCGAGCCCAUCAACAAGCACACCAGCAACAUCUACAGCACACCCCAAAAAGGCCACAGCGCCACCAUGGGGUUUGACGGAUACCUGACUCCCCCCAUCACCCCUGACGGCAACUCAUUAAUGGGCAACAACCACAACAUGGCCAAGGAUUGCUACGGUCUCCCCCCUCGGUGCCCGGUAACACCAACCCCUCACCACCACGCCUCGGCCAUCGACACAACCAACCUUUACACAAACAAACAAUCCUUCCGACAUUCUAGCAUUUGUUCGAAUCCAUUGCAUGGUUGCACAACAGAAUGA